CUUAGCGGUCAAGCUCUCUCGCAUAGCCAGUUGAUCCAUCCAUCCAUCCAUCAAUUCCUCCAUGGCCGCCACGGCAGCAAGCAACGCAGGCUCGUCGUCCCCGCGCACCAGCUUCGUCGCGGACUCCCUGGUCCUCCCCACGCGAAACGGCAGCCUCUUCGCCUCCGCCUUCGCGCUCGUCUACGCCCACACCUUCGUCUCCUUCUCCGUCGCCCUCCUCUACGCCCAUCCUCUCGCCGCCGCCGUCCUCGUCCACGUCGGCGUGCUGGCCAGGGAGAACGACAUCUACGACUUCUACCCGGCGGAAAGCGACGAGGAGAUCCGGGGACACGCCAAGAAGCUCCUCCUCCUCUACCUAGCGUACCUCGCCAGCCAGCUCGCCACGCGGGUCGCCGUCGCGCUCGCCGCCUCAGCGACGUGCGCCGGCGACCGGCGUCCGCGCUCGCUGACCGAGCUCGUCGCCGCGGGGAGGACCCGCGCCACCUUGGCCACCGCCGCCCUCGUCGCCGUCCUCCAGUUCGCGUCGUCCGCGGCUGUCCUCGCCGCGUGCCUCGCGUCCUGGUGCUGGUGGAAGCGCGGUGCCGCUGCCCGGUCGGACACGGCCGCCGCCGUGGCGUCUUUCGUGUCAGGCUACGUGCUGUUCCUUCUCCUCCUCGUCCUCCUCUCGCACAUCUUCCUCGCCGCGGUCUUCCAGGUGGCGAUCGCCGCGUCGGCGGCAGAUGAAGGUUACGGCGAAGGCGGAACGCGCGCUGCUCUCCGGCGGGCGUGGCGGCUCAUGGCCGCGAGGGCGAUGAGGAAGGAGGCCGCCGUGAUGGUGCUCGUGGCGAGCCUCCUGCCGGUUGCCAUCUACCCGGCGUACGCGUUCGCCGUGUACUGUUUGCAGAGCGGCGUCUUCGGUGUCUUCCAUGGAUAUCUUCUCCCGUCCGCCGGCGUGCAGCUCUACUCCACUGUGGCCGCCGCGGUGUUCUAUCACCGGUGCACGGAGCAUCAUUAUUAUGAAUCUGUCAUGCCACUCGCGAUGAAACAAGCUAGGUAGCUAAAUCCUUUAUGAUCUGAACAUGUAUGACACCCACUAGCAAAUAUAUGCUCGUGCGUUGCAACGGGAGACAAAAAUAAUACACCCUAGCCAAAUAA